AGACUCAACCGGAACCGACCAGGUCGAAAAAAAUACACGCCGGAAAGGCCACAAAGCCAAAGCCACGAUGAUCAAGGCGGCACGGUCAAUCCAAAAGUGGACGCCGGAGGAGGAGUGCUUAUUGGCGUCGGCUUGGGUUGACGUCUCUGAGCAUCCUAUCAUUGUUUACAAGGAAUGCUCCCAGUCCCAGAGGAGCGGGACGAACGACGCCGAUGUUCUUCGGCUUGCCACAUCCCGGUAUCAAGACGACGGGCACCAAGGCAAGGUACCGAUCGAUCUUUGGAGGAUUUUGAGCCGUUCCCCGAAGUGGCAACAACUCAACAAUCCCAACGGCGGAUCGUUCCGGAAAAGAUCCUCUAUCGACGCCGAGGUUGAGGUCGACGAGACUAUCGGUUCGACCGAUCAAAUCCCUCCCUUCAACGUUGCGGAUUCCGAUGACGAGGACCCCAUUCCACGGCCGAUCGGAAGAAAGAAGGCAAAAUCCAUUGCCUCGGGUUCGGGAGGGUCCGGCUCUGAUUCCGUUUCUUCUCGCGACGAAAUCGGCCGGGAAAUGGUUGAACAAAUUCGGGCGUUCAAUCUCCGAGAACAAGAGAGGUUGAAGCUAAAGGAGAAGGAGUUGAAACUAAAGGAAUAGGAGGCCAAGAUAAAAGUCAUGGAAACCGACCUUUCUACGUUGUCGGAGAUUGGACGAAUGCUCUACGAGCCAAGAAUAAAAGAGAUCAAGGAGA